UGGUAAUUUAAACAACAAAGUUAAGGCCUCCUUCACAUUGACUUAACUAGGACAGGAAAUCCUUAGCAGUUUCUUUUUAAAGGUAACCUUGUUGCUCGUUGCACAAUUUUCAUCCCCUUGAUAAGCCAUAAAAGCAAAAAACGAAGUGCAAAAUUACUUGGAAGAAAAUCUCCUCUUCAUUCUGUUCUAGUCAGUUGUUUUGAAAGAAGAAAAAUAUGGGUUCUGAGAAAGGCAAUGCGUCCAAUAAUGAGAACAAAAACUCGAUGAAAGAACAGGCAGAUUUAGUUCUUUCAUCCCUCUCUUCUUCUGUUGAGAGAACUGAGGAAGUAGUUUCAAAGGUCCGAUCAGCCUUUGCAGGGUGUGUUAAUCUUACUGCUUUGGUGAAUCAGUGCUGGGAGAUUGAAUCACUUCUAUCAGAAAUCAUGAUUUCUCUAGGGAAAACCAGGGCUAUAAUCAAUAACCUUAUGGGGGAGAGCAAUGCUACAUCAGUACAGCAGAACCAAGCUGCAGCACUUUCACUUUUCCAACAAAGCCAGGUUGCAUCUCCUCCUGAUAUUAUUCCCAAAAACCAAGCUACCCCUCUUUGUAACCGAGCUGCAGUGCUUCCUCAAUCUAAUAUUCCUCAACAUAACCAAGCUGCCAGGCCCUGUAACAUUCUUUCUGUGCAGAACCAAGCUAGAGUUCCUUCUUUUAAUGCUUUUCGUUCUCCACUGUCGAAUGCUGGAGUUCCUUUUGGAAGUUAUAUUCAUCCACAGAAAAAGGUUGCAAUUACUCCUAGUGUUCCUCAGCAGAACCAAGCUGCACUGACUCCUUGUAGUACAAUUGGUCCACAGUAUGAAGCUUUACUUCCUAUUUCUCCAGGACAGCAACAAACAUUUCAGCAAAGUUUACAGCAAGUUCCGAACCCAGGGAUCAAUGUUGGUAGCACAGCAUCAGAAUUCUCUACAAGAAAGGGACGCUUGGAAGAGCUAUAUGCAUAUGGUCAAAACAAUGAGCUUCCAGAAAGACUUAAACGUCUGGAAUAUCCUCUGACUAAACGAAUUCUGGAUGAGAUUAUAGAUCAGGAUGCAAUUAUUAAGUGGGAUGAAAUUGCAGGGCUUGAACAUGCUAAAAAUUGCGUGCAUGAGACUGUUCUUUGGCCUGUACUAAAUCCGAAGAUCUUUCAAGGUGUCGGUUCAAUAGGCAAAGGUGUUCUUCUUUUUGGUCCGCCAGGAACAGGUAAAACAAUGAUUGGAAAAGCCAUAGCUGGAGAAAUGAAAGCAACUUUUUUCAAUAUAUCUGCCAGUUCAUUACCAGGCAGGUGUAUUGGUGAAGCUGAAAAUCUUGUCAGAACACUCUUUGCAGUUGCCAGCCAUUUACAACCUUCUGUUAUUUUCCUUGAUGAGAUAGACUCCAUUCUAUUUAGGCGGUCAUCAAAUACUGAGCCCGAAGUCAUCAGGCGAAUCAAAACACAGCUUUUGGCUGAAAUGGAAGGCAUUGAUUCUGGAAGUGAGCAAAUUAUAGUCAUUGGAGCAACAAAUAGGCCUGAAGAUCUUGAUGAAGCAGCUCGUACGCGACUCAGCAAAAGGCUCUACAUUCCCUUGCCUUCUAGUCAAGCCAGAUUACACAUUGUUCUCAAUACAGUGAAGUGUGGGCGAUAUGUGCUUUCAGAACAAGAACUCGAUCUCAUAUGCAACUUAACUGAUGACUAUUCAGGAUCAGACAUGAAAAACUUAGUGAAGGAAGCUAUGAUGGGUCCAAUAAGGGAUGCAAUUAGAGAUGAUGGGAAAGAUAUUCGUGAAUUGCAGCCUGAGGAUUUGAGGCCAGUGGCCCUCCAGGAUUUUGAAAAGGCUUUGAAGGUGGUGAGACCCUCUCUUUCCCAAAUGGAACUUGAUGCAUAUGUUGAAUGGAAAGAAAAGUUUGGCACCAUGUCACUCUAGGUCCUAUAUCUUAGGAGUACGAACAAAUUUCUAACAUUCUUGCAACUACUUUUGAUAGAGUUGCAUCCUUUUUCUAGCAAUGAUUUCAAUAGUUUUCCAGUUGAUACCUCUCUUCAAAAUAGAGGGUGACCAAUGGCCACAGUUGACACCUUCCUAUUUUCACCCUUUUUCCAUGAAAUUCAGCCUGUUUACAUAUUACAUAGACGGAAAACAAGGAAUGACUAAUGCUUUUCUUCUCUUUGAACUGAAUAGUACUUGAAAUUUCUUCUUCUCUCAUCAGCUUUAAAUUUGGUAUGAAUGUGAACAAACAUAUGAACUUACCAAUGACUCAGGAGUAACUGGAAUCCGUAAAAAUGCAUGAUUUUCACAUAUGAACUUCUUCAAAUCAUGUACACAAGAAUUUAAUAAUAAAUCAAAGUCUAAAAUCUACAUUUUGGUCAAAUAUGUAUGCCAGCAUUAUAUGUUAACAAUUUCGGUUUCAAGAG